AUGGUUGAUAUAAAAUUAAAAAGCGCAAAUUCAAGUUGCGAAUUUAAACUUGAUUUUAAUGAAAUAAAACUUCCUGAUGACAUAAAUAUUUUAAAAGAUUUAGAAAAAGAAGUAGAAAAUUCUAUAUAUCAUUUAAAAAGAUCAAAUGAAGAAAUAAAAGAAUAUGAUCCUGAAGGAUUGGAUAAGGAUCUUUUUUUAGCUUUGAAUGAAAAUAAAUUUGCUUUGUUUAGAAAAGAAGAAAGACUUAUGUUAAUAAGAAAGAAAAUACAAAAUAUAGAAAACACUCAUGGAUUGGCAGAUACAUUAAAAGUAUCACAAAAUAAUGUAGUUGCAAAUAAAGAAGAAGAAAAUAUAAAAGAUGAUAACAUAAUAAAUAACACUAUCGAUGAUAAUAAUGAUGCACAAAAUGAUAAAGAUAUUGAUAGUUCAAAUAUGGGAAAUAAAGAUGGAAUAUAUUUAUAA